CUUUCUCCGUUGCAGCCUGUGUUCGUCGGACUCCAUUCUCAGACGGACACCAACACGGAAGUAGCUGCCCUCUCCCGUGAUCAUCAGCCUGUAAUCCCUUCAGAGCCGGUCUUCGUCCAGUAGCAUGCAAAAUAUGUUAACCAUUAUAUCUAACGCGCUGUGUCGGAUCACUGGCAGGAACGUGGGAGCCCAAACAGUGUCUGAGUUGCUGGUUGACCUGUCAGAGUACGUCAAUGUAACGUCACCGGCAGCGGCGGCGCCCGCCUUGGCACAGGCCCAGCGACAACCACCCAAACCACCACCAGUCAGUGCUAGAGCGCCUGCUGCAGAGUUAGUUAGCACCCAGAGCGACCAGCUAGACAGACCAGGGGCCAGAGUUGUGGUUUCCCGCUCCUUCGCUGACUUCACCCCUCAGGCGACCUUUGACAUCAAGAAAUGCGACGUGCACCGCCUGGAGGAGGGCCCCCCGGUGAAGGCGGACCUGACCCGGGAGCAGGGCCUGGACUAUUACCGCACCAUGCAGACUGUGCGGCGCAUGGAGCUCAAAGCUGAUCAGCUGUACAAGCAGAAGAUCAUCAGAGGGUUCUGUCACCUGUAUGAUGGACAGGAAGCGUGUGCAGCGGGCAUCGAGGCCGCCAUCAACCCCUCUGAUCACCUCAUCACGGCGUACCGCGCCCAUGGCUACACGUACACCCGCGGGGUGGCCGUCAAAGAGAUCUUAGCCGAGCUCACAGGUCGUAAAGGAGGCGUGGCCAAAGGGAAAGGAGGCUCGAUGCACAUGUACGCGCCACAUUUUUACGGGGGGAACGGCAUCGUGGGCGCGCAGGUUCCUCUGGGCGCUGGGAUUGCUCUGGCGUGUCAGUACCAAGGGAACAACCAGCUGUGUGUCACGCUGUACGGAGACGGAGCAGCCAAUCAGGGCCAGAUCUUUGAGUCGUUCAACAUGGCCGCCCUGUGGAAGCUGCCGUGCAUCUUCAUCUGUGAGAACAACAAGUACGGCAUGGGGACGUCUGUGGAGAGAGCGUCUGCCAGCACCGACUACUACAAGAGAGGAGACUUCAUACCCGGCAUCAGAGUGGACGGGAUGGACGUUCUGUGCGUCAGAGAGGCGACCAAGUUUGCAGCGGACCACUGCCGAGCUGGAAAGGGUCCGAUAGUGAUGGAGCUGCAGACCUACCGUUACCACGGACACAGCAUGAGCGAUCCCGGCGUCAGCUACCGCACUCGUGAGGAGAUCCAGGAAGUCCGCAGUAAGAGCGACCCCAUCACCAUGCUGAAGGAGCGCAUGCUCAGCAACAACAUGGCGUCUGUGGAGGAGUUCAAGGAGAUCGACAUAGCGAUCCGUAAGGAGGUGGAGGACGCCACUCAGUUCGCCACGUCCGACCCGGAGCCGCCGCUGGAGGAGCUCUGCAACCACAUAUUCAGUGACGAGCCGCCGCUGGAGGUCCGCGGGACUCACCGCUGGGCCAAUCUCAAGUCCAUCAGCUAGACUCAGAUACACACCCGCCCCCCUCUGAGUCCUGCAGCUGCACCACACCCUGACUUUACCAACAACCCUCCGCAGCUCCUUCCUCCACUCUAGAUCAUUCCGCACCUUAAGGGGACUUCACCUGAAACCCGUCAGUGUUAUUUAUUUAUAGUUUUAUAGAGAUAUUUAAGAUUUAUUCUGUGUCCGGUCUGUCGAUGUCCAUCUAUCAUGAAGCCGCUGAGCUGCUGCCGGAGGUCGCUGUGAGAACCUCACAGGUCAGAAAAAACUUCAGGGCUGCAAAUUAUACGCACAAAAACUCAGCUGUCCUGUCUCACUUUUUCUCCUCCACUUUCCAAAGUUAACCGUCUCCCUGAUUUUUAAAUCUUACAACACGUGUAGGUUUUAUUUUUAAAGGAGCAAUGCAAAGAACUAAGCAGCCUCUCUUGAGCCAGUCAGAGGUUUGUCUGCAGAGAAGAGGAUCUGUAAUCUGUGUGAGUGUAGAACUUAUUCUAAAACUCAGUCUAAAAUAAUGAAAACAUAACUAUCUUUAUUUUAGACACAGCUUUAACUUCCCUCUUUAAAUCUUACACAUUCAUAUCCUUUAAAUACGUCUGAAACACUCCUCCAGGAAACCAGCUGCUUCAUUUCAAAAAAGGAGUCACAAAUAUUCAGAUUAAUGUCAGAAUUAUAUUUUAAAACAUUCAUUUCUUUAUUUUAUCUCCUGACUUUUUAAACCAAAUCAUCAGACAGAGCUGAUGAAAGGAUUCAGUAUGUUUGUGUUAGAGAGCAGGAAAUGCACGACCGAGCAACGUGAUCAAAGUGUGUGUGCAGCAGUGGUGGAAGGAACUUUAAUAUAUAUCAUGUACACUUAAAUAUAUUAACAUUACAGGUUAUUUCACAGAUUAAGCUUUGCAACAAAAAACUGUCUCCAUUUAUACCAGCGACGACGUAAAAGUUUAAAGCUCAUGUUUACGUCUUUUAAAGGGUCCAUACUUUGAAUUUAGCACUUUUAAAUACCUCCUGAUGCUCGUUUUAAAGCUCCUGUGAGGAGUUUUUAUCCGGUUAUGAAACCGCCUGAAAUGAACACUGAAGCCUCUUUGUGACCUAGAAACACAAACAAGUCCAUCAACGUCAUGACUGGCUGCUUCUACAUCAUCAUCUUCACUUCCUGUAUGCUCUGUGAGGGGGUAGGUGUCAGACGAUCCCCGUUUUUCCACAGCAUGUAUUUGCAGCGAGUGCCGCCGACUACAACUUGCGUGUUUACAUUGACUUUAAAUGUAAUUCACGUGCAUAAUUUAUUUUAUUUGCGUUUUGUGUGAACGCAACUUAUGUCCACAGGGGGCGCCAAAACCCACACCAACAAAGUUACUCACAGGAGCUUUAAAGUAGCUGGUGAAAUCUUGACUGUAGGAUUUUAUUUGCAGCAAAGCACAGACACCUUUUGGUUUUACUGUUUUUAUUUAAAGCUCCUGUGAGCGACUUCCUGUUUGUGUUGGUUUUGGCGCCCCUUGUGGCCAAAGAAGAACUUACUUGUGUAGAUAGUGUCUAAUUUGAUGAGACAAACUCUCAUCUUGUCUUAAACAGUGAAAUGUAUCUCUCAUUGUGAAUAUCUGCUGUGGUUUAAGUAAUCAAAGCUCUCUUAGGUUGUCUCCUGUGACACCUACCCCCUUACAGAGCAAACAGGAAGUGGAAAUGACGACGUAGAAAUCUUCAAUCUUGUCCGUAAUAGUCUUGUUUGUGUUUUUAGGUCACAGAGAGGCAUCACUGUUCAUUUCAGUCUGUUUCAUAACCGGCUAAAAACCUCUCACAGGAGCUUUAAGUAGGACCAUCUCAGUACUUCUUCCACUGCUGCUUUAAAGGAUGAGUACGUGUAUUUAUUCAGAGUUAUAUACCAUGUGAGGAUUCAUGGAUAAUAAGAUCUGUGGUAUCAGAUGAUAUUUAAGGGUUUUAGUAUGAUGCACUAUGAUAUUUAAUAUUUUACAGCUAUAAUAGUUUUGAGACUUAAAGAUGCACUAAAAUGUGGAACUCCUUUACGUUAAAUCCUUUUAAGGUAGAUUUCGAGGGGAAACCAGCAGCACUGAAGGGACCCUGUGUUUCAUGUACCUCUCUGUUCUUUGCACUGAAGUUUACUGUAACUGAACCUGAGCUUGUACAGAAAUAAAGCUUUACGUGAGUGUUGGUGUGUCUGCUGAACGGAGAAGCUGUAAAAUAAACGCUUAAGAUCA